GCGGCCUGGUGCUUCCUCGGGCGCGCGCCGGGUACGGUGAGCAGAGUCUGCGGCGGAGCUGGCCUCCCGGCCCUCCCCAGGCUCAGGCUGCCUCAGUUGCCCCACCAUCUUGCCAGGGCCCCGUAAGGACCCCUCCAGCAGCGCCCCUGUCACCCGCACACCUCUCCCUAUUGCUCUUCUGAGUGACACUCGCCCGAGGCCCCACGGAGGGGCCAAGCCAGACCCUAUGCGCAGGGCCGCUCCUCCAGCCUGUUUUGCCCACGCGAGCUCCCGCACCAGCGGCACCGUCCCCUCUGGGCUCAGCACUCUGCAGGCCCUGGGGCUCCGCCUAGAGCAGGUGCGGUCUGGCCAGUCCAGCGGAGAGAGGAGCUGAAGGAGGCCAGGCUGUCCAGGGCCAGGUGCGGGGCCAGAGCUGGUCACAGCGUGGCAGCGGAGGCCCUCGAAGCCCUGGUCCCCUGCCUCACGGUGACCAGCAAGCCCGAGGGCUCCACAGGCAGAAGGCGGACCCAGGAGGGCAGGGAAGCCCCGGGUGAGGAAGCGGAGAGGCCCGGGCCUGCGCGCUGGAGUGCCAGGGGCCACCCUGCCCGGGCAGGUGCGGUCCUCAGGGCCGCCUCCGCCCCGCACUAGGCUGCCAGCCUGUCCUUCGCGCACUCCCACCGGACCCAUCCGUCCACCGGCCUCGGCCUUCUGAUCCGCUCCGCCCGCCCCGCUCUUGCCCCUUAGGGUCACAGCGAUCUAUCUGAGCUACGGCACCGGGCACAGGCGGAGCUGGAGGACUCGGGGCCUUCCCAUGGGGCGGGGGGCCGGGGGCGGGGGAAGGCACCGGUGGGCCCUGGAACCAGCUCCCCUGGGAUCCUCCUCGCAGGUCCCCUCCCUCUCACUCCAGCGUCCUGAGGCCUCCUAGUGUGAGGGAGGAGAACAGCCGGAUUCCCCUCCUGAAUUUGGGGGGGGGGCUUGACCAGGACCCAGGAUCAGUCUGGAGAGAACUGGGGGCGACGCGGGGGUCCUGCCCCCCACGCAGUCCGCGGGCGAGAGCGACGCCGGGAGCGGACCGAGGGGCGGCCGGGAGGCUGGCCCCGCCCCGCGGACCCCGCGCGGGUCCCCAGACGGGGGGUGGCGCUGCGGGCGCGGGCGGGCGCCGCGCGCACUGCGGUCCCCGCGCCUCCGCCGCAGAGCGCGCCACGCUCCGCACGCACCUGCCGCCGUCGCCGCCGCGCCGAAACCCGCGCCCCGCGCCCCACGCCCGCGCCCGCGCCCCUCGGUGCCGCCCGGGCCCCGCCAUCGCCUGAGGUCGCUGCGGCCGCCGCCGGAGCCGCCGGAGCCGCCGGAGCCCCCCGAGCUGCCGGGCCGAGGCGCGGGCGCCGCGUCCGGGCCUGCCUUUGAGACAACCUCUGCGGCGGCGGCGCGCGGCCGGGACGCCAGGCUGGGGCAGGUGAGCGCAGGGGGCGGGGGCCGGGGGCGGACUCAGCGCCCCUCCCCACGCGACGGGGGUCGGCCCUCGGGAAGCUCAGGCCUGGCCCAGGCCUCGCCUCUGCUCCUGCCGCGGAGCCUGCCGCCCGGGUCCUCCUGCAGCCAGCGCUUCGGCUAGCUGCCUUCCCUGGGCGCCCUGUCCUGGAGCCAUGGGGCCCACCCAGCCCCUGCCUGCCCCGAUGUCCCGGCCCGCGGCCUGCUGACCUCGGCUGCAGGGGGAGCGCCCCCCGCGCCCCCUCGCCAGCCUCAGCAGCCAGAGACCCUGGGUGAGACCCUGGGCCAGACCCCCAGCCCAGGGCAGCCUCCCACCCCUCCCUGCCCCCGCCUGCCUCCCCCUCCCCCACCCCUUCCUCCUCCUCCCAGGACUGGACCAGAGAAGCCACUGUGGCCACUGGGGGGGGCCCUGCGCCCCCAACUCUCGCCGGCUGUCCCUAGGAGUCCACGGGCCGUCCGGGGACCCCCCCAGGCCUGGCGGGACCAGGAUGCUGCCCUGUCACCUGCCCCCCAGCCCCACACAACGCCCCCACCCACCCGAACAUCCAGUCUGACUGGAGACAGCCGGAUGCCCUCUGACCCCGGGCCCGAGGCGGGCAGUGGCUGGCCGGGCCUCCUCAUGUCCUGCCUGAAGGGUCCCCAUGUCAUCCUCAAGAUGGAGGCCAUGAAGAUUGUCCACCCUGAAAAGUUCCCUGAGCUACCGGCUGCCCCCUGCUUCCCGCCUGCUCCCCGGCCCACCCCAACUCUGGCACCCAAGCGUGCCUGGCCCUCAGACACAGAGAUCAUUGUCAACCAGGCCUGUGGGGGGGACAUGCCUGCCUUGGAAGGGGCACCCCAUACCCCGCCACUGCCACGGCGACCCCGUAAGGGAAGCUCGGAGCUGGGCUUUCCCCGCGUGGCCCCAGAGGAUGAGGUCAUUGUGAAUCAGUAUGUGAUUCGGCCUGGCCCCUCGGCCUCGGCGGCUUCUUCGGCAGCGGCAGGCGAGCCCCUGGAGUGCCCCACCUGUGGGCACUCCUACAAUGUCACCCAGCGGAGGCCCCGCGUGCUGUCCUGCCUGCACUCUGUGUGUGAGCAGUGCCUGCAGAUUCUCUACGAGUCCUGCCCCAAGUACAAGUUCAUCUCCUGCCCCACCUGCCGCCGCGAGACUGUGCUCUUCACCGACUACGGCCUGGCCGCGCUGGCUGUCAACACGUCCAUCCUGAGCCGCCUGCCGCCUGAGGCGCUGACGGCCCCAUCCGGGGGUCAGUGGGGGGCCGAGCCCGAGGGCAGCUGCUACCAGACCUUCCGGCAGUACUGUGGGGCCGCGUGCACCUGCCACGUGCGGAACCCACUGUCUGCCUGCUCCAUCAUGUAGUAGCGCCUGCCUGCCCACCACUGCCCGCUGAGCCUCGCUCGCUGCUUCUUCAGGGACCCGGCCCUGCCCUGCCACCCGCUGACCCUUCCUUCCCCACCAUGGCUUCCGGCCCCACCCCGAGUGGCAUUGUCGCUGCAGCCAACUUUGCCAUUAAAACUCUUUGCCAAAGUUUGCACCUGU